AUGGGAAUCAAAAUUUCUAUAUUUUUAUCUGCAAUAAUAGGACUAUUAUGUGCAUUUAAGAUAUUUUCAUACUUGAGUGUACCAUCUUAUUAAUCAAUCAUACACAUAAAUAGAGAUCAUGAUAUAAAAAUUUAUAGAGAUAAAUUUGGUGUACCACACAUUUAAGCUCACUCAUUAUCGGAUGCUCUAUAUGCCUAAGGAUUUGUUUAAGCUUAAGAUAGAUUAUGGUAAUUACACAUUAGAAAAAUGGCAUCUUAAGGCAGAUUAUCUGAAAUAUUUGGAGAACGUACUUUGAAAGUUGAUUAAUAUUUUAGAAGUUUAGAUUAUUUGGAUUCAGCAAGAAGAAUUGUUAAUUAAUUGAGUAUUGAAGGUUAAUAGUUAUUUUAAGCCUUUAUUGAUGGAAUUAAUUAAGGAAGAAAUUCUUUUACACUUUUACCAAUAGAAUUCUAAUUGACUCGUUCAAAUUUUAUUGAAUGGGAAAUAUAUGAUAUGAUAUGUUUUAUUAAAUUUAUGGCUUUAACAACUAUGAAUGAUUUUCAUUUUGAAAUGAUGAGAUCUUCUAUUAAAGAAUUUGAUUUAGAAACAAUUAAAUAUUUAACUGGUAUAGGACCAGAUAAUUUAUUUGAUAUUGAAACUACUACAAUAAAUUAAUAGGAAUUGAAAGAAUAAACUCAUUUAUAUAGUGAUGAAUUUUACAAUAUAAAAUCACCAUCAAAUAUUUAAGUUGCUGAUCUUAUGCAAUCCUAUAAAUUUUUAAUUGAUAAUGUUAUACCUUUAAGUGUUGGAAGUAAUAGUUGGGCAGUACAUGGAAAUUUUACUAAUACAGGUUAUCCAUUUUUAGCAUCAGAUCCACACUUAGAAAAUGGAUUGCCAUCUUAAUGGUAUUAAAGUACAACAACUUUCCCUAAUGGAGAAUUUAUAGCUGGAGGAGCUGUUGUAGGUUUACCUUAUAUAUUAUCAGGCAGAACAAAGAGUUUAGCAUGGGGAAUCACUAUUUCAUAUGCUGAUGUUAGUGAUUUAUAUGAAGAAUAAUUAAAAGAAAUUGAUGGGAAAAUGCAUUAUUUAUUCUAAGAAAAAUGGUAUCCCACCAAAGAGAAAGUUGAACUCAUCCGUUAUGAUGAUAAGAUAUAUGAAAUGAAAAUUCAUAGAACACAUCAUGGACCUAUCUUAAAUUUCUACUUUGAUGAUAGAGGAACAAAAACUAUCAAAUAAUUAGAAAAGACCUAUUCUUUAAGAUCAUUAAUAGAUAUUGAUGAUAAUUAUGGACCAGAGUAUUUUCAAUAAAUUAUAAUAUUAGAGCUAUGAUACGUUUUAUAUAAGGAACAGAUCUGAGUGAAUAAUUAAAGCUUCUUAAAAAGGUUGUGUAUCCUGGUUUAGGAAUGAUUUUUGCUUCAUAAAAAGAUAUAGCUUAUAUGAUUGUUGGAAAAUAAGUGAUAAAAUCAGGACAUCCUGAUGAUUAUGGUUUUAUAAAAAAAGGAUGGAAUGGAGAAACAGAAUGGCUAGGUUUCAUUCCUGAAAAUGAACAUCCAAUUAUAAUAAAUCCUCCUAAAGGAUUUGUUGCUACUGCUAACAAUAGAUUUUUCCCUAAAAAUGAAAAAUAUCAUACUAAUUGGAAUAUCAAUCCUACUGGUAGAGCUCAUAGGAUUUAUUAAGUUUUAUCUGAAAUUGUACCAAAUAAGGUUAAUUAUGAAUAAAUGAAAUAAUUACAAUUAGAUACAGUUGAUAGUUAUGCAAAAUAAAGUUGGAUAUAUUUUAAAAAAUUUAUACAAUCUGAAUAUUUUAAAGAAUAAAUGGACUCUUGGGAUUUCAAUUUAACUAUAUAAUCAAAAUAAGCUACUCUUUAUAUGUUAUUUGAACAUUAUUAUUCUUAAAGUUUUAAAAAUUUACCUCCUAGAUGGUCAUAAACAUAUAAUUUUGAUUCUUUCUUUUUCUUAGAAUUAACAAGAUUUAAAGAAAAUGGAAAAUGGUGUCUUCCUUAUACUUGUUCUUAACUUUUAAAUUAGGCAGUUGAUAAAGCUGUUGAACAUUUCAAAUAAUUACCAAAAUAAGAAUGGGGAAACAAUCAUAAAAAAUUUUAAGGACAUUUUACCUUUAAAGAUAAAUUUUUAGGUAUUUUUGAUAGAGAAAUACCAUUUGGUGGAAAUCGAAGGUUAUUUUAUAUAUUAAUAUUUUAGAACCCCAUCUGUAUCUACAUUAGAUAUAUCUUCAGUACCAUUUAGAGGUUUAGCUGGUGCAAAUUAUAGAAUGCUUGUAUCAAUGGCACCUGGUGAUGUUGGAUAAUUUAUUGUAGAUGGUGGUGUAAGUGGAAAUCCUUUGUCAGAACAUUAUGAUAAUCAAUUAUCAUUAUAUGCAGAAGGGAAAUAUAUAUCAAUGUAUCAAAAAUAAUUUGAAAAAUUAACCUUGCUCAAGAAAGUUGAAUAAAGUGAAGAUCUAUGA